UUUGAUAUAAUUCGAGGUUUUUCAAUGUCGCGUUCUACUUGUUUUGUUUCUUGUCUGGUUUAUUGCUUGAUCUUGAUUGCUGGAGUUCAAGCAUGGAGCAAAGAGGGUCACAUGAUCACCUGCAAAAUUGCGCAGGAUCUGUUGGAACCAGAGGCAGCAGAUGCAGUGAAGAAGUUAUUACCAGAAGAUUUAAAUGGCAACUUAUCAGCUUUAUGUGUGUGGCCAGACCAAGUAAGACACUGGUACAAAUACCGCUGGACUAGCCCUCUUCACUUCAUUGAUACUCCUGAUGAUUCUUGCUCUUUUGAUUAUAAACGGGAUUGUCAUGAUGAACAUGGUGUUGAAGACAUGUGUGUUGCUGGUGCUAUCCAGAAUUUCACUUCUCAACUUCAGCAUUACCGUCAAGGAACAGCUGAUCGGCGCUAUAAUUUGACAGAGGCAUUGCUAUUUCUGUCACACUUCAUGGGUGAUAUUCAUCAGCCAAUGCAUUGCGCGCAUACCAGCGAUAGAGGAGGAAAUUCUAUUGAUUUACGAUGGUUUAGGCAUAAAUCUAAUCUCCAUCAUGUAUGGGACAGAGAGAUAAUUCUUACAGCCAUGAAGGAUUACUAUGACAAUGACGUGGAUCUCUUACAACAAGACAUUGUAGGAAACUUCACUGAUGGAAUUUGGUUUGACGAUGUCUCGCAUUGGACAGAUUGCGACAGUCUUCAUACUUGCGUAACCAAGUAUGCCACAGAGAGCAUUAACAUAGCUUGUAAAUGGGGUUACAAAGACGCCGACCCUGGUGUAACACUUGGAGAUAACUACUUUAAUUCGAGGCUGCCUUUCGUGAUGAAACGUAUAGCGCAAGGAGGGGUUAGAUUAGCCAUGAUUUUAAACAAGGUGUUCAACCAUGGCCAUGAAGCAAUGGUAGUCGCCACAUAAGAAAAUCAUGUCAUACUCAUACUCAACAAAAGGAGGAGGUUAUAAUUACAUCCUUGGCUUCCAAUGUUUAGGACUCUAGGAUAAUCCAUUCAUCAAAAGUAAAUAAACCUUAUUAUUUUAGCAAUAUGUAGUGUUGAACAAUUUAAUUUGUACUAUAAUUUGUUGCAAUUGUAAUUUAAUUCUUUGCUAAUGAGAUAUUAGCAAUUUGACUAUUCAUAUGUACUAGUACAAGUUAACAAGUACAAGUACAAACUUCUUUCUUUUGCA